CAUUUCAGUUCCUUCUUUUUUCUUCAUUUUUUUCUUUCUUCCUCUCUUCUUUCUCCUCAGUCUUCAUCUCUUUUUUUUCUUUUUUUUUUAAUUUAACAAGGAUGUGGGAUCCUUUGAGAACCUAGAUUUUGGUUCUCCAUGGAAUCAGAUGUGGGUUCAUGUGGAUUCUCAAAGGAACCAUGACGGUGCAGCUUUUGAUGAAGUUCUUGUAGGUUUGGGGCUCGUCGAAGCAGUGGACGAUGGAACAAACGACAUCGCUAGGGGCGUGCCUGUUUCAUACCUGGUUCCUUUGAGAAACCCAGAUCUAGGAAACCCAAGACCCAGACAGGUUCUGGAGAGAAGCCGAGAAGAGAUGGCGAAUAGGGAGAAAAAAGGAGGAGGAAGGAGAGAGAAAGAUGAAAGAGGAGCCAGAAUGUGUUCUGUGCUACCUUAUGCACUUGCACAGUUAAGUUUUUCUGGUUCUUCUUCAUCAGCUUUUUCUCCUUCCUUUAUACUAAGGAAUGAUGGCCAUUUCCAUCACACCAAGCCACCAAGUGGCACCCAUAUUUGCAGCAGCUUUCUAUGCACUCUUCAAUCUAUUCUCUGGCUUCUUCAUCCCAAAAUUUGUAGUUGCAAAGAACUCCGAAGUGCUCCCAAGCUCGGAUCUUCACUUCGGCCAACCUGCAAAGCCCCGAGGUUGGCCCUCGGGGUAGACACUCCGAUGCCUAAGUCAGCAAUAAUCAGAGCUACCAGAUAUGAAGUCAUGUCCCAGACCGUCCGAUGUCUGAGGUCCGAGGUCACGGACCUCGAACUACCAUCACUACACUAUACAAGGGACAAGAAAUGGGGACUUUGUGCUACUUUUGCUUGCGUGGCAUCGGAGUGUCUACCCCGAGGGCCAACCUCGGGGCUUUGCAGGUUGGCCGAAGUGAAGAUCCGAGCUUGGGAGCACUUCGGAGUUCUUUGCAACUACAAAAUUGAGAAUUCCCAAGUGGUGGAUUUGGUUCUACUGGAUCUGCCCUGUGGCAUGGACAGUUUAUGGAUUAAUUAUAUCACAAUAUGGUGAUGUAGAAUGGACAAUCAAAGUUGCAGGUUCCACAGUAGUCCCACCUAUUAGAUCAUAUAUUGAGAGCCAUUUCGGGUAUGAUCCAAACUUCAUGGGACUAGUUGCUGGUGUUCUGGUUAGAUUCACAGUGUUUUUUGCUUUCACGUAUCCCUACUGCAUAAAGACACUGAAAUUCC